AUGCUUGCAAAUGAGUUUGAGACCCAUAAAAUACCCUGUGGGGUACAUGUUCUCUACGGUGAAGAUCUGAAAAUCGGCUUCGCUCCAGAGCCCCACCCUGAGCAGAGAAAGAUGAGCUCUAAGAUCUUGCUGUGUCUCUCACUGGCUUUCUCCAUCCAGGGUGAACCCUUGCAACCUGUGCCUAUCCAGCCACCUCAGGCCUUAUAUGCCGAGGGCUCUACUGCUGUCCUGCAGUGCCCUCUGCAAAGUGGCAAGAUCCAGGGCUACCAUGUCUUCUGGUUCCAGCAAAAGCCAAGCAAAAGCCCAGCCUUCAUCUUGAAGCAUGGCAUCGAUGGGCAGAUACACCGAUCCUCUUCAUUUGAUGCACGUUUUGUGCCCAUCCGGGAUGCCAACACCAAUGCCUACAUCUUGCAGAUCCAGAAGGUGCAAACAGAUGAAAGUGCCACCUAUAUCUGUCUAGCAGAGGGAUAUUAUUUCCAGACAGCGGUCUCAGGGAGUGGAACACGGCUCAUCAUCACAGGAG